AUGGAGCUCGAGCUGCGACUGCGGUCCAAGGCGCAGGAAGACCGCGUGAAUAUCCUCACGUACUCGUCGUGGGGCGCCCCGCACGUGACGUUCCCGCAGUACCUUGUCCGCGAAGCCCAUUUCCGGUCGACGCAGUUUGGCGCGUGGAUGGCCGACUACGUCUUUAUCCCUAAAAAUGACCCCGACACCGUCGACAUUCGAGGGUACCUCGAGAUUUUCCAGCGGCGCGCGGUCUUGCGGCCCCACGAUGGGUCGCCGGCCAUCACGUUUGACGCGUACAGCGUGGCCUCGGCGUUGCCUUACCUCGUCUCGAACCUCUACUCGGACGUCGGAACGUCGUUUUAUGCCAAGUGCGGCUGGGACCUUGUCGCCUCGGACGAAAUCCUGCUGCCCGUCGCGACAACGUUGCCAGAAUACGACGCGUCGCUCGUGUUGAUUACGUCGCUUGCAGCGCUCGAGCCCAUUGCAGCGCUGGACCGUGCGGCGAUGAUCGCGACUCUGCGCGCUGGCGAGGUUGGCUUUUUGCUCACGACCGACUGCAUUGAGUUUUACCACGUCAAGCACCGCUACUGCGGCGUGCACCGUCACCAGAUGACGACACUUCCAACCAACUACGGCGCCUACCUCCAAGAGAAGGGUACUAUCCGUGGCUACGUCAUUUGGACGUACAACUUUGAAGAAAGGACGCUCGAUGUGCUCAAGUUUCGGGCGCUCGACGACGCUACGGACGUGUUUGCAGCGUUUGGGCCGACGCUACAUGCCGAGGCCGCGGCCUGGGGCUUGGACCACAUUUGCCUCUGGCCAACGAGAGACAUGGCCUUGCCGGAAUCCAUACGAGCACUUGCGCGCCCCCGUGACGACUCGCUCUCGAUGCUGCUCGUGCAAGGCAAUCAUGCGGGCCCAGAAGACGACGCGAAUAGCGCCAAACCGUUCCAGUGGGUUGCGGACGAGCUCUACCUCUACGCGUAG